GGAAGAUGCUUGACAGUAAAGAGCCAUAGUAACAAACGACCACAUUUUUCUCAUUUUAUAUUUAAUUCUGGAGCACAAUUAGAGCACCAAGUGAGUGCAUACGGAAGUUUCUAUCGCACCAACUCAUUUUAUUCUAAUUAUUGUAGUAAAGGACAAAUACUCUUUUGCUAUUCACGUAAGUGUGGAAUGCUUUUGUUUUUAAUACCAGGGACAGAUGUUAACCCAUCGUUAUUAAAAUAAUUAUUACUGCUGAAAUUUCAAACGACAAACUUUAUCAAAAACUGUACUUUGCACGAGCUGCUGUACCAGAGGAAUAAAACAGCUGCUGAAGAUGCCGAUUGCUGAAAAGUAUGGAUUUAAACUAAAUAUAUGUGUAGUGGGAACUGGACAAAUAAGUCACAUGAACUGACAGGCUUGUGAAAAGGUGUGAAAAUUGUCAAUAAAAGAGCUAGAGCAAAUAUUCGAAAAAAAAUAUAAUAAAAAAACAGUGUGAGAGGAACUGUGGCAGAGUUGACAGUGAAUCACCAUUCCUACUUCUUAAGUAAUGGCGGAUCCAUUUGGGAUAAGCACCGCUGCUCAGCUGUGGGAUGUCAGUGAUAUAAGAAAUAUGGAGUUUGAGAAUGGAAUCAACAGCCCACUUCUGCAAUCUCAACAGAAUGCCGAUGUGCAGAGAUUUAUAAUGAAUAGUAGUGAACCUUCUAGAAUGGAGCAGACUGUGCAGCAGGCAGUGGCAACUAAGGAGCCCAUGGUGGCCUCUGAGAAGGCCCACUACUUAGAGAUGGAAAAGUUAAGACUAGCUACGGAGGAGCGAAAACAAGAAAGAGAGGAGAGGAGGGAGAAAGAACAGUGGCAAUUUGAAUUAGAAAAGUUGAAGAUAAUGGAGCGACAAAGGAAGAUGGAGUUUGAAGAAAGACAGCAAGAAAGAGAUGAAAGAGAUCGAGAGCGGGUGCGUCAGCAUGAGCUGGAACUAGAAAAACUGAAGCUGCAGCAGCAGAGAGAAAAACUGAGUGGACGUGAGUAUUCGCCAACUGCAAUGAAAAACAAUGGCCAUGGUAAGAAGAAGACGCAAAAGGAUAAAGAUCUGGAUGAACUAAAGAAGGAAGUGUCAAUGGAUGACCACCGACUCUCCUUGGAUGAACUGUCCCGAAAGUAUGAAGUGGAUAUGAGUAAAGGUCUGACAAAUGCUAGAGCAGCUGACCUACUAGCUCGAAUUGGCCCUAACACGCUGACACCACCACCUACGACUCCUGAGUGGGUAAAGUUCUGUCGUCAACUGUUUGGUGGAUUUGCAGUCUUACUGUGGAUUGGCGCUGUCCUUUGCUUUCUGGCAUAUGGCAUACAGGUGGCUACUGGAGAUGAGCCGGUCAAUGACAAUUUGUACCUGGGUGUUGUACUCGCUGCUGUUGUCAUCAUUACUGGCUGCUUCUCCUACUAUCAGGAAGCGAAAAGUUCUAGGAUUAUGGAUUCCUUCAAGAACAUGGUGCCUCAGCAAGCACUAGUAAUUCGUGAAGGAGAGAAGAUUCAGAUCAAUGCAGAGGCAGUAGUGACCGGUGAUCUGGUGGAAAUCAAAGGUGGUGACAGAGUUCCUGCCGACCUAAGGGUCAUUUCUGCUCAAGGCUGCAAGGUGGAUAACUCAUCACUGACUGGUGAAUCAGAGCCUCAGACUCGGUCAACAGAGUUCACCCAUGAAAACCCACUGGAAACACGAAAUAUCUGCUUCUUCUCAACAAACUGUGUGGAAGGUACAGCUCGGGGUAUAGUGGUGGCAACAGGAGAUCGAACUGUGAUGGGACGCAUUGCUACAUUGGCCUCAGGACUUGAGAUGGGUCAGACACCCAUUGCCACAGAAAUUGAGCAUUUUAUCCACAUUAUUACAGGUGUGGCAGUUUUCCUGGGUGUCAGCUUCUUCGUCUUGUCCCUCAUUCUUGGAUACACCUGGCUGGAAGCCGUCAUUUUCCUUAUUGGCAUCAUUGUUGCUAAUGUACCUGAGGGUCUACUAGCUACUGUCACGGUGUGUCUUACCUUGACAGCUAAACGCAUGGCCAGGAAGAACUGUUUGGUGAAGAAUCUUGAAGCUGUUGAAACACUGGGCUCAACGUCCACCAUCUGUUCUGAUAAAACUGGUACCUUGACACAGAACCGUAUGACAGUGGCUCACAUGUGGUUUGAUAACCAGAUUCAUGAGGCGGACACCACAGAAGACCAGUCAGGUGCUACAUUUGACAAAAGUUCACCUACUUGGACGGCUUUGGCUCACAUUGCUGGCCUUUGCAAUCGAGCAGUGUUCAGACCAGGGCAGGAGAAAAUACCUAUUCUGAAGCGGGACACAGCAGGAGAUGCGUCUGAAUCUGCCCUACUGAAAUGCAUUGAGCUAUCAUGUGGCUCUGUAAAGAUCAUCAGGGACAGGAACUUGAAAGUGGCUGAAAUUCCUUUCAACUCUACCAAUAAGUAUCAGUUGUCUAUCCAUGAGAUGGAGGCAGACCCAAAUGGAUAUUUGUUGGUGAUGAAGGGAGCACCUGAGCGGAUCCUUGACAGAUGCUCAACCAUACUGCUUCAAGGAGUAGAACAUCAGCUAAAUGAGGAGAUGAAAGAAGCCUUCCAAAAUGCAUACCUGGAACUAGGUGGGCUGGGAGAGAGAGUGCUAGGUUUUUGUCACUACAAGCUGCCACCUUCAGACUUUCCCCGUGGCUUCAAGUUUAAUGCAGAUGAAGUAAACUUUCCCAUUGACAACCUGUGUUUUGUUGGUCUCAUGUCCAUGAUAGAUCCACCUCGUGCCGCUGUACCGGAUGCUGUUGGCAAAUGCAGGAGUGCGGGAAUUAAGGUAAUCAUGGUGACAGGAGAUCAUCCAAUCACAGCCAAAGCUAUUGCCAAAGGUGUGGGCAUUAUCUCAGAGGGCAAUGAGACAGUGGAAGACAUUGCAGCACGUCUCAACAUCCCUGUCAGUCAAGUCAAUCCCAGGGAUGCCAAGGCGUGUGUGAUUCAUGGUUCGGAUUUGAAGGAAAUGAAUGUGGAGCAGCUGGAUGACAUCCUUCUGAAUCACACAGAGAUUGUCUUUGCCAGGACAUCCCCCCAGCAGAAACUGAUCAUUGUGGAGGGGUGUCAGAGACAGGGUGCAAUUGUCGCUGUCACUGGUGAUGGUGUGAAUGACUCACCUGCACUGAAGAAGGCUGAUAUUGGUGUUGCCAUGGGCAUAGCUGGCUCUGAUGUUUCAAAGCAGGCAGCUGACAUGAUCUUACUAGAUGAUAACUUUGCCUCCAUUGUCACAGGAGUGGAAGAAGGUCGUUUGAUCUUUGAUAACCUGAAGAAGUCCAUAGCCUACACUCUGACUAGUAACAUUCCUGAGAUCACACCUUUCCUCCUGUUCAUCAUAGCCAACAUUCCUCUCCCUCUGGGAACAGUCACCAUCCUUUGCAUUGACUUGGGCACUGACAUGGUUCCAGCUAUUUCUCUGGCAUACGAAGCUGCAGAGAGUGACAUCAUGAAGAGGCAACCCAGGAACCCAAAGACAGACAACCUAGUGAAUGAAAGGCUAAUCAGCAUGGCCUAUGGACAGAUUGGAAUGAUCCAGGCUCUUGGUGGCUUUUUCACCUAUUUUGUUAUUCUGGCUGAAAAUGGUUUCCUUCCUAGUAGACUUUUUGGUAUUCGUCUUGACUGGGAUGACCGGAGCAGGAAUGAUCUUGAAGACAGUUAUGGUCAGGAGUGGACGUAUGAACAGAGGAAGGUGAUUGAAUUCACAUGCCACACUGCCUUCUUUGCCAGCAUUGUGGUGGUACAGUGGGCUGAUCUGAUCAUUUGCAAGACCCGUCGUAAUUCUGUUUUCCAGCAAGGCAUGAAGAAUAAGAUUUUGAUUUUUGGACUGUUUGAAGAAACGGCGCUAGCAGCAUUCCUCUCCUACUGUCCAGGAAUGGACGUCGCUCUCAGGAUGUAUCCCCUUAAGAUCACCUGGUGGUUUUGUGCACUGCCUUACAGUUUGUUAAUCUUUGUUUAUGAUGAAGUCCGCAAGUUCAUCCUACGAAGGAACCCCGGAGGUUGGGUUGAAAGAGAGACAUACUACUGAUUGUCCGGCUGACGCACUGAAUGAAUCCUUAGUGUUUCAUCUCCUCCUGUCCUUGACAGCAGCAUGGAAGGAUGGUGGGCCAGACAGGUGGCCAGUCGUUAUAGUGUCUUGGGCAACACUGAAACAUAAAGGAGAAAUCUAAUUACAGUAUUAGACCAGUUAUCCUUUUGCCUUCUAGUGUGGAAUCAGAAAAUGAAUUUGAAUUUUUAGAACAGGACUUGAGUCUGUACUACUACCUCUCUGAAACAGAAUAUAGAAUUGGCAUUUUAGUAAAAUUUCUUUAAGAUGCAUGUAA